AGAAGAUUAUUAUUAUUUUUUUUCUUCUUUUCCAUCUAUUGGGUUUUAGAAUAUUUUGGUGUAAUUGUAAUUUAGGCAUAGACUGUAAUCUAUAUUGCAAUUUCCGUUCAAGUACAGAAGUGUACAGAAUACAGAUUAUAUCACCGUUUCAAAGAUACAAAAAGAAAGCAUCCACGGCAAAGCAGCUCACGGGAUCCGAUCAGAUCCGCUAAAACUCUCUCUCCUCUCCUCUCUCUCUCUCUCUCUCUCUCUCUCAACUCUUUCUUCUGUGUAUGUGUCUGUUUACAUAUGCGUAUGUAGCUCAAUUUCCGUUUCUUCAUUUCGAGCAAACUGGAAUUUAUCAAUCGAUUUGAAGCUCUUGAUUCUAGGGUUUCGCCAUCGUCGAGAUUGUUCGUUCGAUUUCUCCAGGUCGGAAUUAGGGUUUUUGAUUUGGUCCUAGAAGGGGCUUUCUUUCUUUCUCUCGAAAAUGCGUCGGAUCGAGAGCUAGGGUUGGCGAAAAAGUUCCGAGCUUUACCCCCGAGUGCAUGAAGAUUUUGUGCUGCCUAUGCUUCAGCGAAGAAGACGAACCUGGAGAGGAAGAAUAUAGCGCGGAAGCCAUGAAAGAGGGCGCUUUCGAGAAUGAGGGCAAUAUCAGAAUUACCGAGGAGACCGAGGAUGUCCAUGGCCGUGACCGUGACGAGAACUUGAGAAUGUUCGAAGGGAUGGUCGAGGCGGUGCGUGGCGGCGCCCAGUGGGACGACUCGGUCAGCGUCGGCGCUCUCGCCUCCUUGAGAGCCUCGAUGAGGACUUCGCGGCGGUCCAAGGGAGAGAGUAGCUCGGGUUCUUCUGCUGCGGCUUCUGAGGACUGUGAUCACGACUCUCACCAUAAGCGAGCCAAAGUUCACUCCGAUUUUCAUGAGUGUUGUUAUUCAACUGCAAUUUCUUCAGUUGCUGGAAAUUCUAACUCGUCUGGAGAUAGAGAUUACGAUAUUACUCAUGGCUCUUUUGUUGCAUCCAAGAAUGAGAUUUUUUAUCACACUUUUAUGCUGAAUAACGUUGAUGAAGAGAAUCCAUUCGACUCUAGUGGUGGGAAAGACAAUGAAGGAGAUGAGAGUGGCACUACAAAAACAGAAGAUUUAGAAGUUCGGAUGGAUCUUACAGAUGACUUAUUGCAUAUGGUUUUCUCUUUCUUAGACCACAUAAAUCUUUGCCGAGCGGCUAUAGUUUGCAGGCAGUGGCGAGCUGCUAGUGCCCAUGAAGAUUUCUGGAGAUGUUUGAAUUUUGAGAAUCGGAACAUAUCUGUAGAGCAAUUUGAGGAUAUGUGUCGGCGAUAUCCCAAUGCUACGGAGGUUAAUGUCUCUGGUUCUGCUGUCCACUCACUUGUUAUGAGAGCAAUCUCUUCAUUGAGAAAUCUUGAGGUUUUAACUCUAGGGAGAGGACAACUGGGGGAUGUUUUCUUUCAUUCUUUAGCCGAUUGUCAUGUCUUGAGGAGAUUGAAUGUCAAUGAUGCUACACUAGGUAAUGGUGUUCAGGAGAUACCUAUAAACCAUGACAGGUUGCGUCAUCUUCAGCUGACAAAGUGCCGUGUGAUGCGUAUAUCCAUCAGGUGUCCACAACUUGAAACUUUGUCCUUGAAGCGUAGCAACAUGGCGCAGGCAGUGCUCAACUGCCCUCUUUUGCAUGAUCUUGAUAUAGGCUCUUGCCACAAGCUUCCGGAUGCUGCUAUUCGGUCAGCAGCUACCUCAUGUCCACAAUUAGAGUCUUUAGACAUGUCAAAUUGUUCAUGUGUGAGUGAUGAAACACUACGUGAAAUAGCGCUUACCUGUGCCAAUCUCCAUGUUCUUGAUGCUUCCUAUUGCCCGAAUAUAUCUCUAGAGUCUGUGAGACUGCCAAUGUUGACAGUUCUUAAGCUUGACAGCUGCGAGGGAAUAACUUCAGCUUCAAUGGCUGCAAUAUCUCACAGUUAUAUGUUGGAGGUUUUGGUGCUUGACAAUUGCAGCUUAUUGGCUUCCGUGUCUUUGGAUCUUCCCCGCUUGCAGAAUAUCAGACUAGUACAUUGUCGCAAGUUUGCUGAGCUUAGUUUACGAAGUCUCAUGCUGUCAUCUAUAAUGGUCUCAAAUUGCCCUCUGCUCCGGCAGAUUAACAUAACCUCAAAUUCACUUCAAAAACUAUCGUUGCAAAAGCAAGAAAGCUUAAACAUAUUGACAUUGCAAUGCCAAUCUUUGCAAGAAGUGGACCUUACGGAUUGUGAAUCUUUGACAAACUCUAUAUGUGAUGUUUUCAGUGAUGGGGGUGGAUGCCCUAUGCUGAAAUCUUUAAUUCUUGCUAAUUGUGAGAGCUUAACAGCAGUGCACUUCUCUAGCACUUCUUUAGUCAACCUUUCCCUAGAUGGCUGCCGGGCAAUCACUUCUCUUGAAUUAAAAUGCCCCUAUCUUGAGAAAGUUUCUUUAGAUGGUUGUGAUCAUCUUGAAAGAGCGGAAUUUUGCCCUGUCGGCCUUCGGUCACUAAAUCUGGGAAUCUGUCCAAAACUGAAUGUGCUUGGUAUUGAAGCGCCCAAUAUGGAGUUGCUCGAGCUAAAAGGAUGUGGUGUGUUGUCUGAAGCAUCCAUAAAUUGUCCAGUCUUAACAUCUUUGGAUGCUUCCUUUUGCAGCCAACUCAGGGAUGACUGCUUGUCUGCAACAACUGCGUCAUGCCCAAAGAUUGAGUCGUUAAUAUUGAUGUCAUGCCCAUCUGUUGGCUCUGAUGGACUUUACUCAUUAAGCUGCCUUCAACAUUUGACUGUGCUUGAUUUAUCCUACACAUUCUUGACAAACUUGCAACCGGUCUUUGAGUCAUGUGUGAAACUGAAGGUGUUAAAAUUACAAGCAUGCAAGUAUCUGACCGACUCAUCCCUGGAACCUCUUUACAAGGAAGAUGCUCUACCAUCUCUUCAAGAACUGGAUUUGUCUUAUGGAACCCUUUGUCAGUCUGCCAUUGAGGAGCUUCUUUCGUGCUGUACACACCUUACUCAUGUGAGCUUGAAUGGCUGUGUGAAUAUGCAUGACCUGAACUGGGGUUGUAGUGGGCAUCUUUCUGAACUGCCCAGUAUUUCUGUCCCAUCUGACCUGCUUUCACCUGGAAGUGACCAUGAAGCUAUUCAGCUGCCUAAUCGCUUGCUGCAGAACCUCAACUGUGUCGGUUGUCCAAAUAUUAAAAAAGUUCUUAUUCUGCCAGCGGCGCGUUGUUUCCAUUUGUCAUCACUUAACCUUUCUCUGUCCGUUAAUCUGAAGGAAGUUGAUCUUGCUUGUUUCAAUCUCUGCUUUCUUAAUUUGAGCAACUGUUACGCUUUGGAGGUUUUGAAGCUUGAGUGUCCUAGAUUAACUAGUCUCUUUCUUCAGUCUUGCAAUAUUGAUGAAGAAGCAGUAGAAGUUGCCAUAUCCAAAUGUGGCAUGCUGGAGACCCUUGAUGUCCGCUUUUGUCCCAAGAUAUGCGCAAUGAGCAUGGGGAGGUUACGUGGGGCAUGCUUGAGUUUGAAGCGAAUUUUCAGCAGCUUGUCACAUUCGUAAUAAGCAGUAGAACUUGUUUUUUAAUCUCGGAGGCUUCGUGUCACUAAGUUUACAGGCGGCAAAAGCAGCUUCGGUGAUCUAGCCCGCUUGGUCUCCUGUAUUGUAAAUUGGAUGUCGCCUAUUUAUGAUGUUGUUUGUUCGAGUAUAUAGGAGGUAUUUGAUGUAGCUGUCUGUGUAAUGUUACAAUAAAUUGUUUGUUUAUGUUUAAAUCAUUGUUUGUUCAUCACAAAUUCUUUUUUCCCCCCCUCUUUUUAUUUUUAUUUUUAUUUGAACGGAUGGAAUCCAAUACAAAACUCUAAUUGUUUC